GACAAAAUUCUGUACUCUUACCAGUCCUUACAAAAUUAGUUUCUAUUGAUGUUGGUCUUUAUAGUACGUAAAAUAUAUGAAGUACAUCAAAAGGUUUAAAAUGAAUAUUUGCGAUGAUUAAAAAAAAAAUUUUUUUGUCAAGUAGUUUAAUGGCUAGAAAAUUCACCUUAAAGGUAAAUAAGUGGAGUGUCUGAAGUUCGAACACGAACUUCUGCACAUAUAGUGCUAUGUCGCUACCAACUGAGUUAAACUCACGAUAACUUAAAAAAAAAAAAUUUACAAGAAAUAAAACAAAAUUAAGGAAUAUUUGCCGCACUAAAAACCUAUUUAAACCCUUUUCUCAAUAGCCUUCUUUUUACCGUUCGAGUAAAACCUAUUUAAACCCAUUUACCCACCGCCAUGGAAGCUCGACGAAACCUUACGGCGGGAAAAUGAACUACCUUUGUGCUUUGAAUGCAGUACCUGGCCCGACCCGACCCACAUUCAUAAAGAUACAAUUUUUCCAUCUCACAAUCAUAUUACUGUAAAUGUGCAAUAACAUAUAUGACUUACCAUGGCCAUGUUACCCGUAUCCUCAAUUUCCUCCAAUCAACCUCCACAUUCCGAUCAUCCCUCGACGCAACAAAACGUCUCCAUGCACUCUCCAUUACAACACCACCCAUUCCAAAUCAAUCCAUCUUCAUCAACAACAACAUUGUUUCAUCCUACAUUUUCCAUGGCAAUUUUGUUCAAGCACGUAAGGUGUUCGAUGAAAUGCCUCAAAGAACGCUUGUUUCUUAUAAUGCGCUUAUUGGUUGUUAUAGUCGACGUGGAGAUUUAGUUGAAGCUUGGAGGUUGUUGAAUCAGUUGAGGGUAUGUGGGUUUCGUCCUAAUCAGUAUACGUUAACGGGUUUGCUUUGUUGUGAAAAGUUGGAGUUGUUUCAGGGGUUUCAGUUGUUUGGUUUGAGUGUUAAAAAUGGUGUCUUUGAUGCUGAUGCUUUUGUGGGUAGUGCUUUGUUGGGAUUUUUCGGGAGAUAUGGAUGUUUGGAUGAGGCUUUUUUUGUGUUUGAUGAUAUGUCUUGUAAGAGUGUAGUGACUUGGAAUACAAUGUUCUCUUUGUUGUCUAGUAAUGGUUUUGUCGAGGAUACUAAGAUUUUGUUCCAUGAAUUAUUGGGGUUGGGGGUGUUGUUGUCUGACGGUUCUUUUGUGGCGCUUUUGUCGGGACUUGUUGGCUGUGAAGAGGAUUUGAGUUAUGGUGAACAGAUUCAUUGUUUGAUGACUAAACUUGGGUUUGAUUGUUAUGUUACAGCGAUUAAUUCUCUUAUUGGUGUUUAUGUUAGGUGUAGAGCUUUGUGUUUUGCAGAGAGAUUGUUUGAGCAGGUUCCUAUUGAGAAUGUUGUAUCUUGGAAUAUGAUCAUUGAUUCAAUGGUGAAAAGUGGGAGGUCUCAAAUGGCAUUGGAGAUGUUUUUGAAUAUGUUGAACAGGGGGUUGGUUCCGAGUCAGGCCACGUUUGUAGGUGUUAUUGAGUCGUGUAUUGGUUUGAGAAACUUGGUGUGUGGAGAAUGUGUUCAUGCUAAAGUAAUAACGAGUGGUUUUGAAUCUGAUGUUAUUGUUGGUACUGCAUUGGUGAACUUCUAUGCCAAAUGUGAGAAAUUGGUGUCUGCUCAUAACUGUUUUGAUCAGAUAGAAGAGAAGAAUGUGGUUUCUUGGAAUGCUUUGAUAUUGGGUUACUCAAAUGUUUCCUCUCCCACAUCAGUUCAGUUAUUACGAGAAAUGUUACGAUUGGAAUGUUAUCCUAAUGAGUCUUCCUUUUCUGCUGUUCUUAAGUCAACAUAUGUAUUAGACCUACAUCAGCUCCACGGUUUGGUUAUAAGAAUGGGGUAUGAGAAUCAUGAAUAUGUAUUAAGCUCUCUUGUUUUGGCUUACAAAAGAAAUGGUCUUAUAAACGAAGCGCUUUCGUUUGUCCAGGAGUUUAAUAAUCCACUUCAUGUAAUCCCAUCUAACAUCAUUGCUGGAAUCUAUAACAGAACUGGUCAUUACGAUGAAACAAUGAAGUUGCUUUCUUUACUAGAAAGGCCUGAUGUUGUAUCUUGGAACAUUGCCAUUUCAGCCUGCGCUCGGAGCAAUAACUAUAAUGAGGUUUUUGAGGUUUUCAAGCGUAUGCAUUCCGCACACAUAUGUCCAGACAAAUACACAUUUAUGACUGUAUUAUCCGUGUGCACCAAACUUUGCAGUUUUGAUUUGGGAAGUUCUCUUCAUGGUCUGAUUGUUAAGACUAAUAGUUGUGACACAUUUUUGGGCAAUGUACUAAUUGACAUGUAUGGAAAGUGUGGAAACAUUGAAAAUUCAGUGAAAGUUUUUGAAGAAAUCACAGACAGAAACGUUAUUACAUGGACAGCUUUAAUUUCUGCCCUCGGGCUUAAUGGUUAUGCUCACGCGGCAGUAAAAAUAUUCCACAACAUGGUAGGGAUGGGGUUUAAGCCUGACACAUUAGCUCUUAGAGCAGUGCUUUCUUCUUGCAGAUACGGUGGAUUAGUGAGCGAAGGGAUGAAAAUUUUCAAGCAGAUGGAAACUGUUUAUGGGAUUCGACCGGAACAUGAUCAUUACCAUUGCAUAGUAGACCUGCUUGCUAAAAAUGGACAAACACAGGAAGCUGAGGAAGUCAUGGCAAGCAUGCCUUUCCCUCCAAAUGCCAAUAUAUGGCGCAGCUUCCUUGAAGGCUACAAUAGGCACAAAAUUGCAGUUUGACUUGUACAGCAAAACUUAAUAGUCAGUUGGCAAUAAUACAUGAAUCAGCAAGCUAAGGAAAUUCGGUGAAGUCAAGGAACUCGUAUGUUGAACACAAUCUUGAUAAUGUUGUCAACAUCACGGUAGUCAGAAUCACGUUUUUAAUUGUAAAAGACACAAUUUUUUUAUUUUGAUUGCCCUCAGCGAUUAAGAGUCCACACAGAAUCGGAUUAUGGUGAAAUCGGGUGGAAUCACAGUGGUUAAUCUUAGAAUCAUAUAAUCUGCAAUUUCUGAGUAGCAGUUAAUCAAAAUAGUACUUUUGAAGUAGCUGCUCAACAAUUGAAAGGGCAUGCUGCCGCCAUGGACUCUCAACUGUUGGAUGAUGCAGUCCCUCCCACAGCAGCUGCAACAACUCAUCAUGGUUUGCCACCAUCUGGGUAUAGACGUCAGUCACAUGUAUGGAUGCACUUUACUGAACAAGUUGGUACUCAGAUGCAGGCCAAGUAUAACCAUUGUCCCUCCAAAAUUAAAUUCAAGGAUGGUACAAGUACUAUGGCAGCUCAUGUGUUGGGAUGUAAGCAUAAUCCUGAUAGAGUAGCAAAAAAAAGGCAAAAAACAUCUCCCACAACAAUACCUGCAGAAGGGGAAUUAUGUGUUGUCUCUUCGCCUCAUGUAAAAUUUGACCAAGUUAAGUGUUGACUGGAGCUUGUGAAGAUGUUUGUGGGAGCAGAGCUUCCUUUUCGGUUUGUGGAGAAUGAAUUUUUUAUAAACUUUGUGAAAGUCUUGCAACCACGGUUUGAUAUCCCAUCCUGCACUACUUUAAGGCGUGCUAUUUGGUCACUUUACAAUCCUGAAUUUUUGUCAAAUCACAUACCAUACGGGAAAGAUCAUUGCUAAGGAAGUUGAGACAUGUUUAAAUUCUUGGGAGCUGAAUCAAGUAUUUAGCAUAACAGUAAAUAAUGCGUCGUCUAACGACGUAGCGGUUAGAUUCAUGAAAGAUUGGAUGAAUGCAAAUAACUGUUUGGUCUUAAAGGGAAAUUAUAUUCAUAUGCGCUGCUGCGCACAUGUUUUGAGUUUGAUUGUAAAAGAAGGUUUAAAAGAAAACGAUGAUUCCAUCACAAGAAUACAUGUUGCAGUCAAGUAUGUAAAAGGAUCUUGUGCAAGAAUGUACAACUUCAAGAAAAUUGUUGAAAGGGCAAAUAUUGCUUAUAAAGGCAUUGUAUGUCUAGAUGUAGAAGCCAGAUGGAAUUCUACAUAUUUGAUGUUACAAGCAGCUAUCAAGUAUAAAACAGCUUUUGAAUUUUUAAAAGCUUUCGAUGCUAAGUAUGCUAAAGAAUUAUCUCUUAAUGGAGGCAAAGGUGUACCUGUUGAAGGGGAUUGGAACUAUGCUAGUACAGUGAUGCCGUUUCUGAAGAUAUUUUAUGAUGCAACUAUGCGUAUUUCUGGCUCUGUAUGUUACUAGUAACAUCUAUAUGAAGGAGGUCUUUGCCCUUGGAAGGAAGAUCCGAAGAUAUUGUGAGGAUGAUAAUGAGAGCAUAGCGUCGAUGGCAUUUAACAUGAAGAGUAAAUAUGACAAGUAUUGGGGCAGUUCUAAUGGAGUAAACAUGAUUUUGUUGAUUGCAGUUGUUCUAGACCCUAGGAGCAAAUUGGGUUUUGUAAAUCACUAACUUGGGUAUUUUUUUUUUGGAAAAGAAACGGCUGAUGAAUUAAAGUCGAAACUGUUGUCUUCUUUAAAAUCAAUUUAUCGAGAAUAUCAAGGCGUCGGGGAAGGAUCUCAAGAUAUGGGAGAAUCUCAGCCAGAGGAAGAUGAUGAUGAUAUUCAUGGGAUGGGUUUCUAUGUAAAAGCAACUGGGCGUAGAACCGAUGCUAGGUCUGAGCUUGAUAAAUACCUCAGUGAAGACUGCGAACCUCAUAGUACGUUUGUUGAGUUUGACAUUCUAGAUUGGUGGAAAGUCAACUCAUCAAGAUAUCCCAUCUUGGCAAAUAUUGUUUGGGAGGUGUUGGCCAUUCCAGUGUCUACUGUAGCAUCAGAGUCUGCUUUUAGUGCCGGAGGAAGGGUGUUGGAUCCUCAUCGUAGUCAUCUCACACCUAAGAUAGUGGAAGUGCUUGUUUGCACUCAGGAUUGGUUGAGAGGAUCUCCUUUGUCAAACUUACCUUGAAGAGUUAGAAACAUUUGAGCAAGAUAUGAUCUCUCAAACGGACCAUGCGACAACAUCUGCAAGCAUUAUUGAUCUUGAUGAUGAUUGAAAUCAUUUGUAAAUUGGAGUUUAGUAACAAGUUUUAAAUUUGUAUGAGUUUGACAUUGGUUCAUAUGGUAGCAGCUUAUUUCAAUUAGUUUCAAAUUUGCAAAAAGAAAAUAUGGUAGCAGGUUAAUAUGUAUGGAUUUACAUUGGUUCAUAUGUAGCAGGUUUUAUAUGUGUAUGGAUUUACAUUAGUUUUUGUUUGCUUUUAACUAUGUAUGUGUUACAUUGAGUUAUUAAAGAAAACCAACUAAAACCAGUUGAUUGAAAACAGUUCAGUUUAGUUCAAUGCAAAAUUAGGAUUGUGCAGUUCGCUCCA